AUGGAGCUCAUGGUGAUAGAAUUGCCAGCAUUUGGAGGAAGGGCUGCCUUGUUAUCCUGUGCCAAAAGCUUCACCAUGGACCCUUCCCAAGAGUUAGCUUCAGAAGUGGAAUUCAAUGGUACUGAGUCUGGAUGGACCACUUAUAUUGGAUCUCCUAUUUACAAUGAAGUCUUCAAUGGUGACGAUGAGCAUAGUGCAGAUAUUAGAGACUAUGGCAACAAGUACAAGAAUGCUCAUAGAAAAAUUUAUGAUGAUGACAACAAAGGAGUGAACAAUGUUGACUUUAACAGAGAUACAGAUGAAGAGAGUGAUGAUUCCAUGGUUUCUGAUGCAGCUUCUGGUCCAAGUCACCUUCAACUUGUAUGCCUAAACAGCGAGGGAAGUCAUGGCUUGGAUUUCACUGAGCAUACAGAUAAUGAUAAUGAGAAGAUCCCCUUGACCAAGAGACCCACCAAACAGGUAAGAAAGAAAAGGUAUGAAGGAAUGGUUGAGAAAGAAGAGUCCUCACUGCUUGUGGCAGAUACUGCUGCUAGUCAUGUUUAA